AUGGGUUCCCAAGCUCUUCAGAUACUGCGGCAGGGGGUGUGGGCUUCACUCACAGGAGGCUGGUACGUGGACCCCCACCAGAGCACGUUCUCCAACUGCUUCCACCUGUACCUCUGGAUCUUUCUCCUGGCCGUCCCUUUCCUGCUUUACAUGGUGAGGAUUCAUGGAGGGGACCAUUUUGUUAUUUCUGUAGAUAAAGGGUGGAAGAAUUCCUUUUCUCUAGGAAUUCUCUUUUAACUGGAUCUAAAGUUAGUCAGGCACUUUUUACAUGCUGCACUAAUAAACGUAUACCAGACGGCCACUAUUCAGAUAAAAUGAGAACUGGUUUUAUCAUAGAACAGAGGAGCAGAACCAUGUUGGGAACAGAGUAGGAGAUUACCAUUUUCCCUUGGUGUUAAUUCAAUACAGUAUUUUCUUCCACACUUGACGUCCUAUUGCUUCUCUUUACCUUAAUGUUUGAGCUUUUGUUUACACAUGUUAGUAUUUGCUCUAGUGAAGAGUGCUGCCUGUAAACCAGGCUUGUAAUGUCUGUCAUCUUUGUGGAGUGGUCCUUCCUUGUCUGUAAUAUGAUGUCCAAUAUUUCCAUGUGCCUGCCUAUCUAGGUGAAGCGUUUGUGUUCUGGUUCUUUUACUGGCAUUGAGUUAAGGGUGUUGUUUCAGUACCCUUAUCAUGGGCUAGUCCUACUUUUAUUCCUAGCUCUGCUCACUAUUUAUUCUCCCCUGUGGUCAUCCCGUCCAGUCUCUCCCCCCCAGCCUGGUUGUGGCAGCUGUGUACUGUGCUGUGGUGGUGGCCUUCUUCACAGCCAUAAAGGCAGUGAACUUCCACCUCCAUGCCAUGUUCGACCUGGGGGAGAUAGUGGAGAAGAGGCAGGCGUCGCUCAUAACCGACGUCCCACGGCUACAAGAGGGGGAUGAUGGGUCAGGAGGCCACGACGGGAACCAGCAUUGGUACUGAAGGAGAUUUCCAUAUCCUGAUGGAAUCAUUUCUUGUCAAUCUUUGUAAAAAAACAAGAUGUUAUUCUAUGUACAUCCGAGUGAAGAGGCUCUUUUGUGUUGAUACUUUGAGGGCUGUUAUUUCACAUGAUUGGGGACAGAUUUUAGUAUUAUGUUUUUUCAUGCUGGUAUGUGUGCUCCCAUCUCAGGGACAGUAAUGUUGGUGUGGAGAUGACUGUGUUCAGAAAGGUCAACUCAACACCUCCAGUUCGCUGCAGCUCCCAGCACACUCUGUUUGGACUCAACCAGGUGUCGGUGAGGACUGCCUUGCAUUUACACAGCACACAAACAUAUUCUCUUAAGCCUUAGCCUACCAUUUCCGUGCCUCUGCAGAAAUCUAAUUAACAUAAUAAUAAAAAAUCCCCAUCAAAAUCGGUCUGUUAAAGCUAGAGAUAUGUUUUUUGCAUGGGCUGUCUCAAUCCACCGAUAUCGCCCUUCAGCAUCUGCGGUGAAAGGUGGCAGAGCUAGAGCGGUGUUUGUCAGACCAUGAGACAUCCCGAAAAUCUGUCUUUGAACAGUUUGGCCACUCUAUUGAAAGAUGAGACUCUCAUGAACAUGAUGGUGUUCUCCGUUUUGCUCUAGAACGCUCACAAGACUGGUCUGAAGUCGGUACAACCUCUUCUGCCAACUUCUGUCUGUAGCGUCCCAACUGUUUGGGCUACAUGCGAUUUUGCUCUAGGACACUCACAAGACUCGUCUGAAGGUCCCUGGUACCAGUAAAAAAAAAAUGAAUGGAAGUGUAAUGGAGAUAAUUUAGUGCCUAAAUAAGGGAAGGGUUAACUUAUUUCCAUGCAGCAAACUGCACACUUCAUGCAGGAACAUUACAUUAUUGGGUUGUUUAAUCGAUUGUAUUCCCAUGCAAAUUAUUUAUAUUCCUAUGAUAUUCAUUCUUAAUCUAACAAAUGUUUUGUUUUUUUCCUCAGGAGUUUUUGCCCCAGCUUGAUGCCAGUGGAGUCUCCAAGGGUAUAGUAUAUAUAAUCUAACCCCACUCUAACCUCAGUGUGGUUGGUAAAGCUGUUCUGACUGAGGGAUGAGUAGAUUUUUGUCCAACAUGGUUAGCAGUCUAAUUUAGGGACUACUUCUUCUGUUCUCAGAUAUCAAGGAUCUGAUGCGAGAGGAAGGCACCAAUAACUUGAUUGUCACGUCAGCUCGCCGGGAGAUCUUCUGCCACAGCUCCCAGGACCCCAUCCGUAAGCAUAUCAUUACACUGCAAAUAGGCAUCUCAUCUUUUGUCCAUGUUGGUCUUUGCUUUGGCAUGUGUGUACUAAGUUUGGUCUUUCACUUACAGAUGUUGCCAACAUGGACCCGUCCUGCUUGGCUGCUGCUGUAGGGGGAGAGUUCCCUGGUCUAAGGGGAGUGGGAACAGGGAUAGCAGGGGGAUUUGGUAGCUUACAACCUGGGAUGUGCAUCUCCAUCCCCCCCUCCCCCUCCAGUCAGGAAGACGGAGGAGAGAAAGGCCAGUUGGAGGAGAUUGAGGGGAUGCUGGAGCAGCUUUCCCAGCAUAGUCCUGACGAGACCUACUCCCCCCUGGGCCCCUCUGCUGAGUCAGGGAGCCUGGGGGACGCUCCCAUCAGCCCCCUCAUAAAGAGCAGUCUGAGUGAGGAGCUGAGUGAGAACCUGCUUGGGCUGGGCCUUGACCCCGUGGCCUUCGCCCCAGGAACAGAGCACCCAGGCAGCCGCAGUGGGGUGGCCAUGACUGGCGGCUCCACAGACAGCUGCUUCAGCGGGGGCGGAGCGACCACGGACCGCGAGACCCGCAGCACAGUCAGCAGCUACCGCAGUGAGAAGACUGACUCCACCCGGCUGGAGAGCCCUUCACUCAGCCUGCCACGGAACAUAGACUCAGGGACCCCAACCUCUGCCCAAGCCCUGGGCACCAGUACCCUAGAGCCAGCAGAGGAGUCAGUACUGCAGGGGGGCAGUGAUACUGACGACCUGUCGGACAGCGAACUACUGCGCUCCCCUGCCAAAGAGCUCUCUCUGGGCCAGGGGCUUGAUAAGACACUAGUGGAAGGGGAGGAUUUGCCACCUGUCCCCUCAGAUAUUCAACAUCCCCACUCCCUCCAGGACUUGUCUCCCUCCAGUAGUGGGCACUCAGAGGCAUGUGAUCUGAACAGGACAGUCCCCGUUCCCCCCCUCCCCCCUCCGCGGCAGGCUAGCUCGGUGCCGUCAGGGCUGGCCCUGGGUCUAGUGUCUUCUGAACCUGCUCUUCCUGUUUCCUCUAUCCCCUUCCUGCACUCUGAGCAGCCCUCUCUGCAGGCCCAGCAGGUGGUGCGCCCCAAAGACUUGAAGCUGCUGCGGACUGGUGGCAGUAGUGUGGGCCACCGGCCUGGCCGCAGGAAAGCCCCUCGCAAGCGAGGUGGAGCGGGAAGCAGCAGCUUUGACUGUGGCUCCUACAGGAGGCACCACAACCACGGACAGCACAGAGACUACAUCCCAGUGCGCAGCCGGCUGGGGGCUAAGACCUACAGCGAGAGCAUGUUUGAGGACUCCAGUGACGAGGACGACGGCAGUGACAUGAGCGCCGGGUCCAGUCUGGGCUCCCAGAGACACUACAGCUCUGACGAUGAUGAUUCAAGCUCCUCUACCUCCUGCUACUCCCCGACCUAGCUAACGCUGGUGUUACGAACACGCCCCCCUCCUCCACCCAGCUGCCCAUCCCCAGGGAAGGAGAGUUGUCUGAGACGUCUGGCCCCACCCUCUCCCAGAGGCCACAGAGGUCAGCCAGCACGGCUAGUGCUAAGACUCAUGCCAGAGUGCUCAGUAUGGAUGGUGCUGGUGGGGGCCACACUAACACUGUGGUCCUGCCCUCCACCAUGCUGACCUCCUCCACCCCCGCCCCACGACCCCUCACCAUUUCCAAGUCAGACCUGGAGGCCCAGACCAGCCACACAGACGGCUUCCCUGGAACUCACCACCACCACCUGGACUCUCUGGGAGGCUCCUGGGCUGGCAACCAGACGGGCUGGAGGGCUGGGGAACUGGUGGAGGAGGGAGCUGUGGGGGGAGGUGAGACAUAUUAUUCACUCGAACUCUGGCCCUGUAUUCAUAAAGUGUGCUGAUCUAGGGUCAGGUCCCCCCUGUCCAUUCAUUAUAAUCUAAAAGGCAAAACUGAUUCUAGAUUAGCACUCCUACUCUGAUAGUCCCAUUCAAGAUGGAAAGCUCUGAAAUGUGAAACUGUAAAAUAAUUACACUCAAACUUGUAUUUUCCUACUAGUACUGGCUUUGCUGAUAACUACCUUAUUGAGGAAAAAUUUACUUACUACGACUGUUACAGUGAGGGAAAAAAGUAUUUGAUCCCCUGCUGAUUUUGAACGUUUGCCCACUGACAAAGAAAUUAUCAGUCUAUAAUUUUAAUGGCAGGUUUAUUUGAACAGUGAGAGACAGAAUAACAACAAACGAAUCCAGAAAAACGCAUGUCAAAAAUGUUAUGAAUUGAUUUGCAUUUUAAUGAGGGAAAUAAGUAUUUGACCCCUCUGCAAAACAUGACUUAGUACUUGGUGGCAAAACCCUUGUUGGCAAUCACAGAGGUCAGACGUUUCUUGUAGUUGGCCACCAGGUUUGCACAUAUCUCAGGAGGGAUUUUGUCACACUCCUCUUUGCAGAUCUUCUCCCAUCUUCUCUUCAGACCCAUUUUCAAUGCCCUGGCUGAGGGAAGGAGGUUCUCACCCAAGAUUUGACGGUACAUGGCCCCGUCCAUCGUCCCUUUGAUGCGGUGAAGUUGUCCUGUCCCCUUAGCAGAAAAACACCCCCAAAGCAUUAUGUCAAACAUGGAGGUGGGAAUGGUGUCUUGGGGUCAUAGGCAGCAUUGCUCCUCCUCCAAACACGGCGAGUUGAGUUGAUGCCAGAGCUCCAUUUUGGUCUCAUCAGACCACAACACUUUCACCCAGUUCUCCUCUGAAUCAUUCAGAUGUUCAUUGGCAAACUUCAGACGGCCCUGUAUAUGUGCUUUCUUGAGCAGGGGGACCUUGCGGGCGCUGCAGGAUUUCAGUCCUUCAUGGCGUAGUGUGUUACCAAUUGUUUUCUUGGUGACUAUGGUCCCAGCUGCCUUGAGAUCAUUGACAAGAUCCUCCCGUGUAGUUCUGGGCUGAUUCCUCACCGUUCUCAUGAUCAUUGCAACUCCACGACGUGAGAUCUUGCAUGGAGCCCCAGGCCGAGGGAGAUUGACAGUUAUUUUGUGUUUCUUCCAUUUGGAAAUAAUCGCACCAACUGUUGUCACCUUCUCACCAAGCUGCUUGGCGAUGGUCUUGUAGCCCAUUCCAGCCUUGUGUAGGUCUACAAUCUUGUCCCUGACAUCCUUGGAGAGCUCUUUGGUCUUGGCCAUGGUGGAGAGUUUGGAAUCUGAUUGAUUGAUUGCUUCUGUGGACAGGUGUCUUUUAUGCAGGUAACAAACUGAGAUUAGGAGCACUCCCUUUAAGAGUGUGCUCCUAAUCUCAGCUCGUUACCUGUAUAAAAGACACCUGGGAGCCAGAAAUCUUUUUGAUUGCGAGGGGGUCAAAUACUUAUUUCCCUCAUUAAAAUGCAAAUCAAUUUAUAACAUUUUUGACAUGCGAUUUUCUUGUUUUUGUUGUUGUUAUUCUGUCUCUCACUGUUCAAAUAAACCUACCAUUAAAAUUAUAGACUGAUCAUUUCUUUGUCAGUGGGCAAACUUACAAAAUCAGCAGGGGAUCAAAUACUUUUUUCCCUCACUGUAUAUAUGGUUGUCUCACCUAGCUAUCUUAAGAUGAAUGCACUAACUGUAUGUCGCUCUGGAUAAGAACGCCUGCUAAAUGACUAAUGUAAUUUAAAGAUAGAUUGUUUGCUGUAUUUACUAGAUUAAUCAGGGCCAUGUUGGUAUUUCUAGAACUCAACAUCUGAAAUGUACAUCCUGGUACUAAUGUGAAUAUAUGCUGCCCUCAGCUCUGGCCCCAGAGGAGGGGGGCAAGCGGGACUCAGUGAGCAGUGUGAAGAGGACCCAGGCCAUCCGCAGGAGACACAACGCGGGGAGCAACCCCACACCACCCCCCUCUACCAUGGGCUCCCCACCCAGGUUGGUCCAGUGUAACACUUCCACACCAUUCGUUCUAGCCAUAUCCCUUAUGCCAAUCACCUCCGUAUGUCCAUGCUACAUAAAGCCCAUCUCCUGUGUCUUCCUGUAGUCUCCAGGACCUCCAACGUGCCCGUACCUCCUCACAUUCGCGGACCCGGACCCUGCCCUCUGCCUUACAGUUUGCCACCUCACUGCUGCUGCCCCGCGGGGGGGUCCACGAGGCCUCUACCUUCGACGACACCACAGAGGGGGCUGUGCACUACUUCUAUGACGAGGGUGGUGAGUGUGUGGUGAUGUUAGACUGGGGCUAGCUUUAGGGAAGGGACGAGUUGGGGAGGUGAUUCUGUCCCAGUUUACACUGUAGUGGAUGCUCUCCAUUCAUUGCUGAUGUUUUUUCAGGAGUGAAGAGAUCGUACACGUUUGGACCUGCUGGAGGGGGUUUUGAGGACCCAGUGGUGUAAGUGUCUCUCUCUGAUGAGCCUUAGGCUCGUUGUUUGAAACUGAUAUUGAUAUAAUGUCUGAGCCCCACCCUCUUCUUCAUGUCUGAGCCCCUCCCUCUUCUUCUCCUCUCAGGGAGCGGGAAAGACAGUCCCAAUCCUCCAGCUUCACCUCCACUGAUGUCCAGGAGGGGGCCCCGGUGCUCACCGUGCUCCAGCCCAGGCCUGUGGUUUUGCAGGGCAUGCAGGUGCGCAGGGUGCCCCUGGAGAUGUCAGAGAUGCCAGAGGUGAGACACCAUUAGAAUUAGUUUCAGCAGCGUAUCAUGUAUUUUAGACAAAUCAACCCUCUGGACAUUUCUUGUAUAUCCCUGUAAAUAUGGCUUUUGUUUUUGUAGAAUAUGCAUGAUAUUUGACUCAAAGUCCCGCCUCUGUCUCUAGUUUGACCUGGACCAUGAGUCUCUGCAUGAGUCCCAGGAGAACACGCUGAUGAUCGAAGAGAAGUCCAAGCCAAAACAGUACUACCGUUUCUGGGUGCUGCCAGGCAAGUGGCUGAGGGUGCGCUAUGACCGUCUGGCCCUGCUGGCACUGCUGGACAGGUGAGAUACAGCAGCUAGCUAGCUAGUUUAUCACAGUGGUAAUAUCACCCAAUGAGGCACAGCAGCUAGCUAGUUUAUCACAGUGGUAAUAUCACCCAAUGAGGCACAGCAGCUAGCUAGUUUAUCACAGUGGUAAUAUCACCCAAUGAGGCACAGCAGCUAGCUAGUUUAUCUCAGUGGUAAUAUCACCCAAUGAAGCACAGCAGCUAGCUAGUUUAUCACAGUGGUAAUAUCACCCAAUGAGGCACAGCAGCUAGCUAGUUUAUCACAGUGGUAAUAUCACCCAAUGUUUGUCAUCCGUAUUGAGGAGAAAGCCAUAGUUCCGUUAGAGGUCUAUACUGUGGAGGGACAGUGUUAGGGUUUCAAAACUUGGGAAUGUUGGUAAAGUUAAUGGAGUUUUGCAACCCUGGACAGUAUAAAUUACCUCCUACUGUAUCUUCCAUUGUGUGUCUCCUGUAGGAACCGUGGUGUAGGGGAGAAUGUGUUUGCGGUGGCGCUGGCCAGCAUGGUGGCUUUCCUGGGGUUCCUGCUGCUCUUGCAGGGUUUCUUCAGGGACAUCUGGGUCUUCCAGUUCUGCCUGGUCAUCGCCAGCUGUCAGUACUCACUACUAAAGGUACACGAUUCAAGUCUUAUUCAAUUCCUAUACCCUUUAAAAUAUUAAUUCAGGUGUCUGGUUGAAUUGUUCAUCAACUGCCGAUCCAUUUUAGUUGUUAAAACUGUUAUAGACUAAAGUAAUGUGUUAAAAUGUCUGAACUGACACUCUGGUUUCUCCUUCCUCAGAGUGUUCAACCAGAUGCAGCCUCCCCAAUGCAUGUAGGUACAUGUCAUCCAAACAUCUGUCUUGGUCAUUAUCAAGUUUGUAACCGUUCCAUUGUUGAUUCUUGUUUUGCUGACACAACCUGAUGACUGUCUGGUCUAACCCAUCAGGGCCAUAACUGGAUCAUUGUGUACAGUCGGCCCGUCUACUUCUGCCUGUGCUGUGCUCUCGUCUGGGUGUUUGACCUGGCUGGGCGCUCGGGCAACCUGCAGCCCUUCUCCCUCUACGGUGUCACCUUCUUCUCCACUCACUUCCUGCUCUGUGCCAGGGACGUGCUCAUAGGUCAGUCAGAGUUAGACACUUCUAGCUGUGUGCUUUUGCAGAUGUAUUUUGUCUUGUAUUGUGACCAACAGACCCACUCACACACUUUCUCCCUCUCUAUCUCUUUCUUCCCCCCAGUGUUCGCCUUGUGUUUCCCCAUCAUUUUCCUGUUUGGGCUUUUACCUCAGGUCAACACCUUCCUCAUGUGUCUUCUGGAGCAGGUCGACAUGCACAUUUUUGGGGGAACGGGUAAGACGGUUCCAUAACAUUCACAGUUACGCACAACAUACUGUUAUUUGUUGAGUGAUGCCUGUUGACCUUGUUGUGUGUGGGUCCCUCUCCACAGCCACCACCAGCCCCCUGUCUUCCCUGUACAGCCUCUUACGCAGUGUGUUGGUGACCGUGCUGCUCUAUGGAUUCUGCCUCGGUGCUAUCAUUGCUCCCUGGGAACAUCCCCAUGUGCCAGUACUGUUCUCUGUGUUCUGUGGUCUACUCCUGGCCUGCUCCUACCACCUGAGCCGCCAAAGCAGUGACCCCAUCAUCCUGUGGUCAGUGUACCUCUGGUUAAUGGUCUGUCUGGUUAAUGAGAACACACCUCUGCAAAGAUGAACAUUAACGUGAUGAUAACCAAGAAAUAUAUACCUAGUGGUACCUUUUAGUACAUUAAAGCGCCUUCGGAAAGUAUUCAGACCCCUUGACUUUUUCCACAUUUUGUUACGUUACAGCCUUGUUCUAAAAUUGACUAAAUAGUUUUUUUCCCCUCAUCAAUCUACGCACAAUACCCCAUAAUGACAAAGCGAAACAGGUUUUUAGAAAUGUUUGCGAAUGCACUGUAGCUAACAUUCCCAGAUCCUAGCUAUCAUUUGAACAACUACUCCAUCCCCUUUCUCUCAAGUUGAACUUCUCCCUGCAUGUGUUUUGCUCUAGGUCUCUGGUCCGCUCCAAGUUCUUUCCUGAGCUGGAGGGUCGGACCCCUGAGGAGCCUCCUCUGGAGAUCAAAGACCCCCUGCCUGAGAAACUACGCAACUCUGUGGUAAGAUCAAGGAUGCAUCCCAAAUGGCUCCAUAUUCACUAUGUAGUGCACUACUAUUGACAAAGGCCCAUUUGGGAUGCAUACCAAGGCCCUGCUCUUGGUUUUCAGAGUUUUUAAAACCAUUUCCGUCUCUCUGUGUGUUUUACAGAAAGAGAUUUUCCACUCUGACCUGGUCAUGUGUCCUCUCAUGGCUGUCAUCACGUUUGCCAUCAGUGCCAGCACUGUCUUCAUCGCUCUGCAGGUCAGUCAACACCUGUUCGACCAGAGAUGGAAGAAGAGAUAGGAUGUUUCAAUGUAUAGAGGGAGUCCUUUUGAUUGGUUAUGGCACUCUCCAGUGUGAGUGUGUGAUCUCUGAGACCACCUGUUCUUCCUCUCCCCUGCAGCCUGCUCUAAGUUACGUCCUGUACAUGGUGGCCGGGGUGGUGGGCUUCAUCACACACUACCUGCUGCCUCAGCUCCGCAAGCAGCUGCCCUGGUUCUGCCUGGCCCACCCAGUGCUUCGCUCCCGAGAGUACAGCCAGUUUGAGGUCCGCGGUGAGUAGCAACCCACCUCCCUCUAAACUCACUCACUCACAUUCACACAUCCGUAAGAAUUGUGUCAAAGCCUCAGGUUUGUCAUUGAUUGUUUGCUGUGCCCUGUUCCUCCCAGAUGCCGCCCAGCUGAUGUGGUUUGAGAAGCUGUAUGCGUGGCUGCAGUGUGUGGAGAAGUAUUUCAUCUACCCGGCGGUGGUGCUCAACUCCCUCACUACAGAGGCCCAGCUUGUCAGCCAGAACCCAAUGAAGCUGGACAUCUAGUAAGCAACCCAGCUAUCCCCUACCAACCUCCCCACCAUACAUACACCCUCCUCUUCUGAAUCUCAUCCCAUUCCUCUGUCCGUCCAAUCAGAGUUCAGUGAGAAUAUGCUUUGUAUUUGCAUCAUAUGUAUUUUAAUGUCCCCUCCUCUCUCUCCCUUCCCCUCUCUCUCUCUCUCCCCCUUCCCCUCUGUCUCUCUCCCUUCCUCUCUCUCCCUUCCUCUCUCUCUCCCUCUCCCUUCCCUUCUCUCUCUAUCUCUCUCCUUCCCCUCUCUCUCUCUUCCUUCCUUCCUCUCUCUCUUCUCUCCUCUCUCUCUCUCUCUCUCUCUCGCUCUCUCUCUUUCUCUUCUCUCUCUCUCUCUUUCUUCCCCUCUCUCUCCCUUCUCUCUCCUCUCCUCUUCCGUCUCUCUCUCUCUCUCUCUCUCUCUUUCUCUCUCUCUCUCUCUCUCUCUUCUCUCUCUCUCUUCUCUUUCUCUUUCUCUUUUUCUCUCUUUCUCGCGCCUUUCUCUUCUGUCUUUUCUCUUCUUUUCUCUUUCUCUCUUUUCUCUCUCUCUUUCUCUCUCUUCUCUCUGCCUCCUCUCUCCCUUCCCCCCUCUCUCUCUGCCCUUCCCCCCUCUCUCUCCUCUCCUCCCCCUCUCUCUCCCCUCUCGUCUCUCCUCCCCCUCUCUCCUCCCUCUCUCUCUCCGUCCCCCCCUCCUCCAGUGGACGUGCUCUGUUCAUCUCUCUGGCGGGGAUGAAGCUGCUGCGCUCGUCAUUCUGCUCCCCGUCUCUGCAGUACGUCACGCUGUGCUUCACCGCCCUCUUCUUCCUCUUCGACUACCCACACUUCUCAGAGACCUUCCUGCUCGACUACUACCUCAUGUCGAUCCUCUUCAGCAAGGUACCCCCCUAGACCUUAAGUCCUUUCUGGCUAUGCAAAAAAGGACUCCAUGAGGUGUUUGAUUGCUGACAUUGGAUUGUAUGGUUUCUCUUUACAGCUCUGGGACCUGCUCUACAAGCUGCGUUUUGUCCUCACCUACAUCGCUCCCUGGCAGAUCACCUGGGGCUCCGCCUUCCAUGCCUUUGCCCAGCCCUUCGCUGUGCCCCGUAUCCCUCUACACUGGCACUGUGAUCUGUAGAAAACUCUUUGUUAGAACUUAACAAGGAUGUAGUCUUUCUGCACUCCCACUUGCUAAUUUGCCAGUGAAACAAAGUGUGUAAGAACACUAAAUGCUGUGUCCAUUGGCUGCACUGUGUGUUAGUGGUGUCUGUCAGAGCUCCUUAACCCCCUCUGUUCCUCAGACUCAGCCAUGCUGUUUGUCCAGGCUGUGUUCUCUGCUCUCUUCUCCACCCCCCUCAACCCUGUCCUGGGCAGUGCUGUGUUCGUCACCUCCUACACCAGGCCUGUCAAGUUCUGGGAGAGAGACUACAAGUGAGCUUCCCUUUUCCAAGAGUCAGGGAGAUGUAGAGAUGUAGCCUCAAGCAGACCUGGGCAUUGUCCCGGACACCAGCAGUUGAUGUGCUUUUAUUGCAGUUAAGAGGUCAAUGUUAACCAGAUGAAGGAGAUUAACGCUACGUCUAAAUCGAUCUGUUGCAGUGAAAGCUAGCUGACUGCAUUAUCCUUUUACACAGCCACCACCUGUCUCAUCAGUAGUACACUGUAUAGGAGUUGCUAGAGCCUCUGUCAACCAGUUAUCAUACAUGUCUUUCCAGCACCAAGCGGGUUGAUCACUCCAACACUCGACUGGCCACCCAGUUGGACCGCAACCCAGGUCAGCUAAUACCGCCACAGCCUUCCCUCAUCUAACACAAGUCAUCAUUCUUUAAAAGUACUCUGUUCUCAUGCCUGUGGUCUCCUCUCUUCCAGGUGCUGACGACAACAACCUGAACUCUAUCUUCUAUGAGCACCUGACACGCUCACUGCAGCACAGCCUGUGUGGUGAUCUGUUGUUGGGCCGCUGGGGAAACUACACCACGGGAGACUGCUUCAUCCUGGCCUCCGACUACCUCAACGCCCUGGUGCACAUCAUCGAGAUCGGCAACGGCCUGGUCACCUUCCAGCUGAGGGGGCUGGAGUUCAGGGGUGAGCAUGGAGGGAGGUGGUGAGAUGGUUGGAGAGAGGGUGGGGGAGGUGGUGGCAGGGGGAGAGGUUGUGAGAGGGAGGGAGGGAAGGGGUUUGGGAUAGAAGGAAUUUUUAUGGAACUGAGUUCAGUGUGGUAAUCUUGAAUGGUUUGAACAUGAGAUAGUGUUCUGGACUUGUCUGUAUCCUAUUCUCUUUCAUUCUGUUGUUCUCUCUCCCUCAUCCCCCCUGUCUCUCCCUCAUCCCCCCUGUCUCUCUCCCUCAUCCCCCCUGUCUCUCUCCCUCAUCCCCCCUGUCUCUCUCCCUCAUCCCCCUGUCUCUCUCCCUCAUCCCCCUGUCUCUCUCCCUCAUCCCCUGUCUCUCUCCCUCAUCCCCCCGUCUCUCUCCCUCAUCCCCCCUGUCUCUCUCCCCUCAUCCCCCCUGUCUCUCUCCCUCAUCCCCCUGUCUCUCUCCCUCAUCCCCCCCUGUCUCUCUCCCUCAUCCCCCCUGUCUCUCUCCCUCAUCCCCCCUGUCCUCUCUCCCUCAUCCCCCCUGUCUCUCUCCUCCCCUCAUCCCCCCUGUCUCUCUCCCUCAUCCCCCCUGUCUCUCUCCCCCUCAUCCCCCCUGUCUCUCUCCCUCAUCCCCCCUGUCUCUCUCCCUCAUCCCCCUGUCUCUCUCCCUCAUCCCCCCUGUCUCUCUCCCUCAUCCCCCCUGUCUCUCUCCCUCAUCCCCCCCGUCUCUCUCCCUCAUCCCCCCCGUCUCUCUCCCUCAUCCCCCCCGUCUCUCUCCCAGGUACGUACUGCCAGCAGCGGGAGGUGGAGGCCAUCACCGAGGGGGUGGAGGAGGACGAGGGCUGCUGUUGCUGUGAGCCAGGUCACCUGCCCCACAUGCUGUCCUUCAACGCAGCGUUCGGCCAGCGCUGGCUGGCCUGGGAGGUGGCCUCCACUAAGUACGUCCUGGAGGGCUACAGCAUCAGCGACAACAACGCCGCCUCCAUGCUGCAAGUGUUCGACCUGCGCAAGAUCCUCAUUACCUACUACGUCAAGGUAUGAUCCACACUGAUCUUACAGUUAACUGUAAAAUGAGAUCCAGUAGCAUGUUAUUUGAACAGUAGGUGGCCUGGUCUGUAACAUGUGUUUCCUCUGCCACAGAGCAUCCUCUACUACGUCACUCAUUCUCCUAAACUGGAGGAGUGGCUGGCCAAUGAGAUGGUGCAGGAGGCGCUGCGGCCCUGCCUAGGCCCUGCCUACGUGGACAGUGACCCGACCUUCAACCUGAACAUAGACGAAGACUACGACCACAGGGCCUCUGGUGUCACCCCCAGCGCCUUCUGUAUGGUCUACCUGGACUGGAUCCAGUACUGCAACAGCAGACGGCAGACGGUCAGUGUCCCUUGUCAUGUUACUGUUGAAUAGGUGACACGUUGUUGAUUUGACCAUUACUUCCCAUAUGUCAUUAGUGUCAUCAGCAGACUGACUUCAUGACGUGCUUCAUGUGUGUUUUGUGUUGUAGCCGGUGGAGGAGAGCGAGAGGGACUCUCCUCUGGUCACCCUGUGUUUUGGCCUGUGUGUCCUGGGGAGAAGGGCUCUGGGCACAGCCUCCCACAGCAUGUCUGCCAGGUAAGACCCAGGGCUAAACCCUCUGUCUGGCUGCUCUCUAACUGAAGGGAGCAUUUCUUCCUCUGUGAUACUGUAUACCAAAGGUGACUGUGUGUUUGUGCCCUGACUGUCAGCUUGGAGCCUUUCCUGUACGGCCUCCACGCCCUCUUCAAGGGGGACUUCCGCAUCACCUCUCCCAGGGAUGAGUGGGUGUUUGCAGACAUGGACCUGCUCAACAGGGUGGUGGCCCCCGGGGUGCGCAUGUCCCUCAAACUGCACCAGGUAAGACAUACUGGCGUGACUCAUUACAAACAGGAUAGUAUACAGCUUAAUGACCUCAAUGGUCCUCUGUAGCUCAAUUGGUAGAGGAUGGCGCUUGUAACGCCAGGGUAGUGGGUUCGAUCCCCGGUACCACCCAUACGUAAAAAUGUAUGCGCACAUGACUAAGUCGCUUUGGAUAAAAGCGUCUGCUAAAUGGCAUAUUAUUAUUAUAAUGUAAUGACAUCACCCACUGUAAGAAUUGACUGUAUUCAGACAGUAUGGUGGACAGAUCUGAGACUAAGAAGCUUAAUGAUGACAUCACCCACACUAAGCCCAUCGCUCUGCCCCCUCCCUAAAAGGAUCACUUCACGUCUCCAGACGAGUACGAGGACCCGGUGGUUCUGUACGACGCCAUCACGGCCAACGAAGAGAAGAUGGUGAUCAGCCACGAGGGCGACCCGGUGUGGCGCAGCGCCAUCCUGGCCAACAUGCCCUCGCUGCUGGCCCUGCGCCACGUCAUGGACGACGGCAGCGACGAGUACAAGAUCAUCAUGCUCAACAAGAGGUUCCUCAGCUUCAGGGUCAUCAAGGUCAACCGCAGCUUCUGUAGAGACUCACACAGUCAUAACUUGUUAGUGAUGUGCACUGAAAUGAACAGGGGGACAAUGGAGGCAUUGCUGUAGCAUGAUCAUAGAUCACAUUGAGACUGAAUGUCAUAACAUCAGUAGAUAUUUGUCAGGAAUGUUCAAGUGCUCUCUUGUUAACCCUGCUUCUAUCUCUAGUUGUGUGUCACCAGUUCUGGGUCAAAUCAAAUCACAUUUUAUUUGUCACGUACCGUGAAAUGCUUACUUACAAGCCCUUAACCAACAAUGCAGUAUUAAGAAAAUAGAGUUAAGAAAAUAUUUACAAAAUAAGCUAAAGUAAUAAAAAAAGUAACACAAUAAAAUAACAAUACCGAGGCUAUAUACAGGGGGUACCGAGUCAAUGUGCGUGGGUACAGGUUAGUCAAGGUAAUUCGUCCAUGUGAAGUGACUAUGCAUAGAUAAUAAACAGCGAGUAGCAGCAUUGUAAAAAAAUGCAAAUAGUCCAGAUGGUCGUCAAUGCAAAUAGUCCGGAUGGAUUAUGACUAUGUCAUAAUAUGGAUGGAUUGAUAGUCAUUUGAUGAAUUGUUCAGGUUUUUGGGGUAGAAGCAGUUAAGGAGCCUUUUAUACCUAGACUUGGCGCUCCGGUACCGCUUGCCGUGUGGUAGCAGAGGUCACUGGCAUAUUUGUGACUUAUUGUGCUCCUCCACCUGCUGACCCCCACUGUCCUGCCCCCUGCAGGUGAACAGGGAGUGUGUGCGCGGCCUGUGGGCAGGCCAGCAGCAGGAGCUGGUGUUCCUGCGGAACCGGAACCCUGAGCGUGGCAGCAUCCAGAACGCCAAGCAGGCCCUGAGAAACAUGAUCAACUCGUCAUGUGACCAGCCCAUCGGCUACCCCAUCUACGUGUCCCCCCUCACCACCUCCUUCGCAGGGGGGCACACCCAGCUCCGCUCCGUCUGGGGGGGGCCUGUCAGCCCCCAUAACAUCUACACCUGGCUCAUCAGCAGCUGGGAUGGGUACACUUACACUACACAGCCUUCAGUAGUCAUGCUAGGGCUGACAAACACACACGCAUAUAGACACACACACACACACAUACACACACACACACACACACACACACACAUAUACACACACACAUACAGUGGGGGGAAAAAAGUAUUUAGUCAGCCACCAAUUGUGCAAGUUCUCCCAUUUAAAAAGAUGAGAGGCCUGUAAUUUUCUUCAUAGGUACACGUCAACUAUGACAGACAAAAUGAGAUUUUAUUUUCUCCAGAAAAUCACAUUGUAGGAUUUUUAAUGAAUUUAUUUGCAAUUUAUGGUGGAAAAUAAGUAUUUGGUCAAUAACAAAAGUUUCUCAAUACUUUGUUAUAUACCCUUUGUUGGCAAUGACACAGGUCAAACGUUUUCUGUAAGUCUUCACAAGGUUUUCACACACUGUUGCUGGUAUUUUGGCCCAUUCCUCCAUGCAGAUCUCCUCUAGAGCAGUGAUGUUUUGGGGCAGUCGCUGGGCAACACGGACUUUCAACUCCCUCCAAAGAUUUUCUAUGGGGUUGAGACUGGCUAGGCCACUCCAGGACCUUGAAAUGCUUCUUACGAAGCCACUCCUUCGUUGCCCGGGCAGUGUGUUUGGGAUCAUUGUCAUGCUGAAAGACCCAGCCACGUUUCAUCUUCAAUGCCCUUGCUGAUGGAAGGAGGUUUUCACUCAAAAUCUCAUGAUGCAUGGCCCCAUUCAUUCUUUCCUUUACACGGAUCAGUCGUCCUGGUCCCUUUGCAGAAAAACAGCCCCAAAGCAUGAUGUUUCCACCCCCAUGCUUCACAGUAGGUAUGGUGUUCUUUGGAUGCAACUCAGCAUUCUUUGUCCUCCAAACACGACGAGUUGAGUUUUUACCAAAAAGUUAUAUUUUGGUUUCAUCUGACAAUAUGACAUUCUCCCAAUCCUCUUCUGGAUCAUCCAAAUGCACUCUAGCAAACUUCAGACGGGCCUGGACAUGUACUGGCUUAAGCAGGGGGACACGUCUGGCACUGCAGGAUUUGAGUCCCUGGCGGCGUAGUGUGUUACUGAUGGUAGGCUUUGUUACUUUGGUCCCAGCUCUCUGCAGGUCAUUCACUAGGUCCCCCGUGUGGUUCUGGGAUUUUUGCUCACCGUUCUUGUGAUCAUUUUGACCCCACGGGGUGAGAUCUUGCGUGGAGCCCCAGAUCGAGGGAGAUUAUCAGUGGUCUUGUAUGUCUUCCAUUUCCUAAUAAUUGCUUCCACAGUUGAUUUCUUCAAACCAAGCUGCUUACCUAUUGCAGAUUCAGUCUUCCCAGCCUGGUGCAGGUCUACAAUUUUGUUUCUGGUGUCCUUUGACAGCUCUUUGGUCUUGGCCAUAGUGGAGUUUGGAGUGUGAUUGUUUGAGGUUGUGGACAGGUGUCUUUUAUACUGAUAACAAGUUCAAACAGGUGCCAUUAAUACAGGUAACGAGUGGAGGACAGAGGAGCCUCUUAAAGAAGAAGUUACAGGUCUGUGAGAGCCAGAAAUCUUGCUUGUUUGUAGGUGACCAAAUACUUAUUUUCCACCAUAAUUUGCAAAUAAAUUCAUAAAAAAUCCUACAAUGUGAUUUUCUGGAUUUUAUUUUCUCAAUUUGUCUGUCAUAGUUGACGUGUACCUACGAUGAAAAUUACAGGCCUCUCUCAUCUUUUUAAGUGGGAGAACUUUCACAAUUGGUGGCUGACUAAAUACUUUUUUCCCCCACUGUAUACACACACACACAUAUACACAUACACACACACACACACACACACACACACAUAUACACACACACAGUCAGGUAUUCCUGCAAACUGCACAUACGCCAUGCACUGCUCUCUCUCUCACUCACUCACUCACACACAUACAGUGCAUUAGGAAAGUAUUCAGACCCCUUGACUUUUUCCAAAUUUUGUUACGUUACAGCCUUAUUCUAAAAUGGAUUAAAUACAUUUUCCCCCUCAUCAAUCUACACACAAUACCCCAUAAUGACAAAACGAAAACAGGUUUUUAGAAAUGUCUGCAAAUGUAUUACAAAUAAAAAACUAAAAUACAUGAUUUACAUAAGUAUUCAGACCCUUUGCUAUGAGUCUAGAAAUUGAGCUCAGGUGCAUCCUGUUUCCAUUUAUCAUCCUUGAGAUGUUUCUACAACUUGAUUGGAGUCCACCUGUGGUAAAUUCAAUUGAUUGGGCAUGAUUUGGAAAGGCAUACACCUGUCUAUAUAAGGUCCCACAGUUGACAGUGCAUCUCAGAGUAAAAAUCAAGCCAUGAGGUCGAAGGAAUUGUCCGUAAAGCUCCGAGACAGGACUGUGACGAGGCACAGAUCUGGGGAAGGGUACCAAAACAUUUCUGCAGCAUUGAAGGUCCCCAAGAACACAGUGGGUCGCCAUCAUUCUUAAAUGGAAGAAGUUUGGAACCAUCAAGACUCUUCCUAGAGCUGGCCGACUGGCCAAACUUAGCAAUCGAGGGAGAAGGGCCUUGGUCAAUGAGGUGACCAAGAACCCGAUGGUCACUCUGACAGAGCAUGGUGGUGGCAGCAUCAUGCUGUGGGGAUGUUUUUCAGCGGCAGGGACUGGGAGACCAGUCAGGAUCGAGGGAAAGAUGAAUGGAGCAAAGUACAGAGAGAUCCUUGAUGAAAACCUGCUCAGGGCCUCAGACUGGGGUGAAGGUUCACCUUCCAACAGGACAAAGACCCUAAGCACACAGCCAAGACGACACAGGAGUGGCUUCGGGACAAGUCUCUGAAUGUCCUUAAGUGGCCCAGCCAGAGCCCGGACUUGAACCUAAUCGAACAUCUCUGGAGAGACCUGAAAAUAGCUGUGCAGUGACACUCCCCAUCCAACCUGACAGAGUUUGAGAGUAUCUGCAGAGAAGAAUGGGAGAAUGUCUCCAAAUACAGGUGUGCCAAGCUUGUAGCGUCAUACCCAAGAAGACUUGAGGAUGUAAUCGCUGCCAAAGGGGCUUCAACAAAGUACUGAGUAAAGGGUCUGAAAACGUAUGUAAAUGUAAUAUUUAAGUUGUGUAUGUGUAUAUAUAUAUAUAUAUAUUUGCAACAUUUAAAAAACCUGUUUUUGCUUUGUCAUUAUGGGGUAUUGUGUGUAGAUUGAUGAGGAAAAAAACAACUAUUUAAUCCAUUUUAGAAUAAGGCUGUAACGUAACAAAAUGUGGAAAAAGUCAAGGGAUCUGAAUACAUUCUGAAUGCACCGUACAUGCGCAGCCACACACUCACCGUGUGUGAUAAGACUGUUCAAAUACCUGUGUCUCUCCUGCAGGUUACAGAAGGGUUGUGGAGCUGGGUGUAACAGUGGGGGUAACAUCGAGGACUCUGACUGCGGCGGCGGUUCCACCUCCAUCUCCAACAACCCAUCCGCUCACACCACCCAGAGCACCCCGGCCUCCAGCCUGCCCCUUCCACAGCCCCACUUCACCUCCAUCCACCCCCCCAUGGGUGAGCCCAGGACCCUACCGCUCAACUACAACCUCUAAUGAUGUCUGCUGUUCAGCUGCAGCUAGCUAUUAUAACAUCAAUACUGUCAGUAUGCUGAUAACACAGCAAUGUUUGUAUAAUGAUUAUAUUUUGUAAUGAAGUGAAUUAAAUAACUCUCCUUGUCUCCGUAGGAACUGACAACCCUGUGGGCCCGACCCCCACAUGGCCCCACCACCCUCAGCCCCUCCCCUUGGCUCUGCUCAGCCAGUCAGAGGGCAGGAUGGACGCUGGGCUAGUCACCUCCCUCCACCGGACCUCGUCCAUCCAGGGUCUCCUGGGACAGCACCUGUCCAGCUCCCAGCUGUCCUUCAGCAGCUCUGUGGUCAUGCCUCCCCUGCCCAGCCCAGGCAGCUUCCUGGACGGAGGGCACAGAGGGUCCGGGCGGGCAGGACUGGGACAUGGCCUGGGGCAGGGCAGCGGGCUGCCCUACGAGGGCCUCUACGGGAAGUGGAGCCUGUCAGGCAGGAAGGGCUUCAACGGGCCAACCGCAACUGAGAGCGACGGUGGAGCUUCUCAGUUCAUACGGACACAGGUGAGGAUGGUGAAACAACGUAACAUGUUGUGUGAAGGUAGAACAGACACUGAGUGUACAAAACAUGACCAGUUGAAUCCAGGUGAAAGCUAUGACCCUAAUUGAUGUCACUUGUUAAAUCCACUUCAAUCAGUGUAGAUGAAGGGGAGGAGACAGGUUAAAGAAGGAUUUCUAAGCCUUGAGACAAUUUAAGACAUGGAUUACAAAAUAUUUAAGUGCCUUUGAAAGGAGUAUGGUAGUAGGUGCCAAGCGCACCGGUUUGUGUCAAGAACUGCAACGCUGCUGGGUUUUUCACGCUCAACACUUUCCCAUGUGUAUCAAGAAUGGUCCACCACCCAAAGGACAUCCAGCCAACUUGACACAACUGUGGGAAGCAUUGGAGUCAACAUUGGCCAGCAUCCCUGUGAAAUGUUUUCAACACCUUAGGAAGGUGUCCUUAAUGUUUUGUACACUCAGUAUAUAGUGUGUGUUGGAAGGUAGAAAAUAUAGUCUGUGUUGGAAGGUGCAGCAUGCUGUCAACAGCGUGACAACAGUCUUUUUGAACACCAGGAGAAUAAUGUAGCUACAAUACAUGCCCUCUUACACCAGGAUGUUAUGGCUUUGAGAUUAACUUAAUGAUGGUCGUAUGUUGCGAUGGAAACUCAAGAGGUUUCAUUAGUUGAGGAUAUUUACAUCUGUGUUUCAGUCUACUCCUCCUGCACUGCCACCUAGGGCCAGCCCAACACAGGACCCCCUGGGGGUCACCCAGUCCACUGAGACCACGCCCCCCAGCCCUGCCCCCAGGGAGGAGUCCACCGAGCUGCCUUUACUUGAGCACCUGGGCUGA